ACUUCUGUCCUGUUACAGGUUUUACUACACUCAAUUGCAGUGCAAUGUAUGUCGUCACCUGUUUUUCCUAGUUUCACGUUGCAGUUUGCAAGUUCAUUCUCUAAAUUUGGUUAAUAAAUUCGUGUAUUAUUAUAGAGAGUGGUAGAUUGGUUGGAUUUGAGAGUAGAGUUGUGAAAGUGGAACAUUACCAGAGCUUCAUUUGAGUCAGCCUUCCUCAAUUUUAGUGUUCAGUGAAAGUUGAUUGAAUAGGUGUCUAAAGUUUUGUCAUUUUAUUUUUUCUGUAUAUUAUUUAGGGCCUGGCAUAAGUCGUGCCAAGGCUUAAGAGUUUGUUGUUCUCUUACAUAUGUGUGUUAAGUUGCAAGUGUCCUUUAAUCCUAAGUUUGACUGUGACAGAAAUCUAUAUUACCAUAAUGCGCGAAGAGAUCUCAGCAGCAGUAAUCUUUUUAGCCCGCCUGAUAGAGAAAGGCGAAAACUUUAACCCUGAUCAAUUAGAAGAGUUUAAGUCUUGUCUCUCUGAACUUUUAACUGAACGAUUUGAAAACCAUUGGUUCCCAGACUUCCCUCAAAAAGGCCAAGGUUAUCGUUGCAUUAGAGUGAAUGAACUUGAUAGACGAGAUGCAUCGCUGGAGAAAGCUGCAAGAGCUUGUGGUAUAAAAUAUGAAGACAUGAAACUUCCUGUGGAGCUUACCAUAUGGGUUGACCCCAAUGAAGUUUGUUGCAGAUUUGGUGAAAACAAAGGAUCAUACUGCACACUAGCUUCAUUCAGUGACAAAGAGAACGUGAUAGAAGUGAGUGAGGAUGUAAAGGAUCUGUUGGAAGAGGAUUUGAAAGACAAUGUAAAGCCUGAAGGAAAUAGCAAGUCUCCAGUUCCUAAUGAAGAGAUCAAAUCAGAAGUUCAAGAAGAGAAGAAGAAGGCAGAGUUAUCUGAGAGCAGUAAGGACUCAAAGCCACAGAUCGUGCCCCUAUCAACAAACAACUCUCGCCAAUCACAACACCAAAACAACGGACGCAAGUACCCUCAAGGCAGUCCCAAGCAGAAGUCUGGAGCUAGACGAGGAGGUAAUAUGACUGGUGGCUUCCCUCCCCACCAUCCAAUGCAGUCUUGGUACAACAUCAUCUCUCCUCCCUGGAUGUCCCCCUCACCCCCACCUUACCAUCCAAUGAUGCGCCGCCAGGGAGGCCCCCUGCCUCCCCACCACCAUCAUGCUCGCUAUCAUUGGUCCAACAAAUCGAUGCUCAAGGUCUAACUGAUGUCUCGCCGUGUCCCCACUCCUUUAAAACCACACACUACGUUUUAUACUGUAAGUGGGAUGUUUUAAGGGACUUGGAAAUUUUUGUUCGUUAUUCCUAUACAACAGAAACAGAAGAAGUUAAAUAUCAGUAUGGGUUUAUUUUGUUUCAAAAAGUGUGGUUUUGAAGGACAGUUUUAGCUGUAGGCAAAUAGGGUUAUGCUCACUGCCAGCGAGGUAUGGUCAGCAAGAACGUGUCUGCAACUUUCUCAACUUCAGUCCCUCCAACUAUUGAAAUGUCUUUUAAUCUUCUUCGACCAGUAGCGAUUCAGUGUUUCCUGUUCUCACCUGCUUGUUCAUUUGUCUCAGACCCAGUCUCCCAAUGUAAAUAAUAGUAAAGGGAGUUGUACUUACUUGUGGUAGUCUUUUGUUUAGGUGUAUUGUGGAUGCACAAAAUUUGUGUGAUAACUUCUUAUAUAAGUAGUCACUAGGUGAAAGUUUUUAUGAAUGCUUAAUAAUAAUAAGGAUGAUAAUGGUACCUGUGAUAUUUUUUAUCUUUUAUGGAGCAGCAAGUCCUACAAUUGUAAGUACACUGGAAUUGUGUUAUUUUGUUGUUGGAUCUUUUAAUAUAAUUUGUUGUUUAUAAUUUCCCCCGUAAUGACUUUAGUUUUAACAACCAUAUGAUUAAAUAUUCAUAAUAUUUACUGGUGCUCGCUCAUAUCUGGCAGUAGAAGAAAUAAUAGUGGGUGUAAAAAUAAUUAUGCAUCUUACAAGUUAUUAUUAAGUUUCAAGUGUUCACUUUCACUUAUAUUGAAGUAAAUAAUUAUUGUCUUCUGUUUGAAAUUAAGUGUACAAAAAUCCCAAAAGUUUAUACAGAUAAUAUAAUGUAAUGAUUGUAGAUAUAAUUAACCAACUUUAUUAACAACUAUUUAAGUCAUCUGUAGUUUUUUUAUGAUGAAGAAAGUAUUAGAAUAUUGUAAAAAUAUAUGAACGUAAUUUGUUAGAACAAGCAUAGUAUAUAAUUUUAUCACAUAAUUUUAAUGUUAAAAUAUGUUUGGCAAAUUAUUCACAAAUAGAAGAUAUCAACAUGCUUUCUGUUGAAUUACCACAAUAUUUUUCACCUCAAAGAAUUGUAUUAUAAUUUGUUGUAUACGUUCAACUAUUGAUAGGACUUGGCCUCUUAUAGUGUUCCUCCUGAUAGAUUAAUUUUCUAUGUUUCUACAAAAUGUAACAUAAGUAAAGGUGUGUUUAAGAUGUUGCAGAUGAAGCCUAUUUGCCUACAUCCCAUUCCAUCCAUAAUUCUUCAUAUUUUUCUUACAUUUAGACUUUGUAAUUGUAUCCAAAUUUUAGUCUUAAUUUUUUUGAAGCCUUAAUAAAAAUUUGAAUAUUUUUAUGUUAGCCUAUAAAGUGUGCAUUUACCUUGUUUUUUGCAAUUGUGUAUGGUCAAUCAAUUUGUAGAGUAAUUAAAUAGUAAUACUAGAAAGGUAAAUAACGUUCUUGGAUAUUUCACAGACAUACAUUUUACAUCAUCAUAGUUCUUGUAUAUAGAUGGUCAAAUUAUAAAUUGAUUUUAAUUCAAGAUUUUGUUUGAAAGAGGGAAGCCUUUUCUUAAUCGAUCCUUUGCAAUCUUUUGUAAUAAUAGUUGUAGUUUAUGAAUUAAAUAUUUUAUAAUAUUUUUAAACAUAACAGUUUUAAAUGGUGUCCAUUGUUAAAUAAGGAGGAUGCAUGUUGAACUAGACAAGGAGAGCUAUUGUUGCUAAUAUAAUAGUAAGAUCUUAGUUCCGGGAAGUUUUAUUAGGAUUGGUAUUCUCGCCUUGUUUUGAGGUUUUAAUCAGUACAAUAGAGUUAAAUUGACAAUUAAUUGAUUUUGUGGCAACUCUUGAUCUCAUUUUGUCGAAUGUAUGAAAAUCAACCACAGAACUUGUAUUUGUAUGUGCCCUUGUCUGUGUUUAUAUGCUUAGGUGGUGAUGUAAACUUAGCGGUAAAGAGUUGUGCUCUACUUUGAACCAAUUGUAUAUAGAUUUUAAUAUGUAAAAAUCAAUUGUUAAUAUGUCCUUUAAAAUAUUUGUAUCUUUAACAGUGUGCAAAUACAGGUUGCAUAAGCUGUUUUUUAUUUACUUGUAUAUAUUAUUAUUAAAUAUCAGCCAAAGUAAUAUUUAUGCAGGAGUGUCUAUAAACUGGGAAAUAGAGAUAUGUAAGUCAUUAACUCAAGUAUAUCCUAUAACAGUAGUAUACUGUAUUCCAAAUAUUUAAUUCUAUCGAAAAUGUUAUUAUGAUUGGCUCUUAAUAUGUUUGUCAAGUAUUUGUUGUAUAUACAAACAAAAUAAUAAAUAAAGAUUCAUUGAAACAAAUUAAUUUUUUAAUGCUUUAACAGCCAUGAUGUUUGGGUAGCCUAGGGAUUGUAUCUCUCUCUCUCUCUCUAGGUCAACUGGAGUGGGGGGUCUAUAGGUCCUCUAUGAUUACAAUAUUAUCUUGGACCAAGGUUAUCUCUCACAAGCAGCAACUUACCAUUUAUCAGCUGUACAAUGUUGUUUAUUGUUUACCUAAAAAUAUCAUUGUUCUCAGAAUCUUAAGCAUUUACUAGAGAAAAACUGCACCUUUAUUGUUAAUCAAUGGGACCACUUAAGCAAACCACAUUUUAGCAAAAGUGUACGCAUUUAUUAGAAUACUCGUCAAAUUGUUGAUGCGAAAAAGUUAACCGAAAUUAUAAGGUUUAUAGACAUGAAUGUGCCAUUGCUUAAAAAUUUGUUACAAAUCUCAUGUUUUAUUUAUUUGCAGUAUAGGUACUGUAUGUAUUGUUAUGUAUACUUUGAUGACAGCCGUAUAAUGGUUUACGUUAGUGUAUGAGAACGGUGUGGUGAAUUCACACAUCCUGCUAAAGUAUUAUUUUAUUUAUUUAGUACCAAUAUUUUAUUCAACUGUGGAUACAGCUGUUUCUGAUGUUGCUUGAAAAUGUUACAUGUAUGUUUGUAUAUUAACCCUGCAGAGGUAAAUCUAAUGGAGCUAUUAUAAUCUUUCACAUCAGUGAACAUAAAUAUGUUUUUCUGAGUGCUAUAAUUUAAAUGUAUUGGAAAUAAACAGUUAAAAUGGUUGAUCUAAGUGAGUAAAAUUUAUUCGCAGUUUCAGACUUAAUAAGACAAUUCAUUCCAUAAAAACUGUUUUAGUAACAAUACUGAAUUGUUUAAUUUUAAAUGCCACUGAUCCAUACUAAAUUCAUAGUGAGAUUUUUAAAUCUUGUAUUUUCAUCCCUAUUUUACAUCUCACACAUUUUAUUUGUACUUUCAAGGAUUUAUCUAUUUUCUAAGAUUUAUUCUGCCAAUAAAGCUUUAUACAGCUAAAAUAUAACAUUGUUGUGUCUUGUAUACUGUAUAUUUUAGAUCAUAUGAUUACAAAAAACACCUUUCAUAGCUGAAGAUAUCAGUUUGAACAAAACCAUGUGCUACGUGGGAUUAAAGGAAAAUAGUCUAAUUUUUAAAAAUUUAAUUUUGAAAUUUAUAAUUCAAAAUAUUAUUUUAUGUGUUCACAUAAACAUGCUUGUAUUGUAAGUAAAUGGCCCAGUAGAGAAGUAUUUGCAGAAAGAACAGGUUUGAAGUUCUAACUUUCAGUAAUCUUGUCAGCCUAGAGACAGAAUUUCAGUUAAAAACAAAUAUGUUUUUGAUGGAAACUACUGCUCUAAACAGAGAAAAUAAGUAAAUAUUUACUAGCAGUCAUAACUUGAACCCUCUACUUUCUGACUCAAUGUUUCCUGUAUAUACACCUCUAUAGAGUAACUUAAUACAUAGCAAUGCAGAAUAUAACAUGAAGAACAAGUCACUGUUAAUUUUUAUUUUAUGUUUUUACAACUUACAGAUUUUACAAAAACAUUGUACUAGUAAUAUGACAUUUAUGAAGAAUAAUAAAUUAACCAUGUGUGGUUGAGGGGUGGAGUUUGAAAUGAAUUUUACAAGUCGUAUAUUAGGAAUGAAUACUUCAACCUUUAAUGUAUACUAAAUCCAGUUAUACAGCUUUAAUUGGGCAAAAAUUUAGAAUUUCAAUGACAUGAAUAAACUGCACAACCAACAAAUAAACCUACAGCAAUUUAGUCAACUACUACUUUAAAAAAUUCGAAUGUGCAAAAUUUUUUAAUAUAAUACAAUUAAUAUAAUAAGAUAUCAUUCAUAUCUUUGAUGAUUGAUAUCAAUCAUGCUAAGUUGAUGUUUACGUCUAAAUUUAGUAUAUUUUGUAACAAUGAGAAUCUCAAGUGUACAGCAUUGUGACUUGAAAGUGCUGAAAAGGUAUACAAUUAUUUUUCUGUCAUAAAAAAAAAAACAUGUCAUCACUCACUAUUUUAACUGUAAACAAGUCAACUAAAUUAAUUGUGAGCUGUUUUCAUGCUGACUGUUGUAACAUUGUCAGCUUAUUUGUCAGAAUAUAAGCCAAAAUAUGAACGUUCACUCCUUGAGUGGUUAGUUUCAUUCAAGUACUGAAACUUUAAAUGUUUGCUGUUACAUGUGUACCCCUAUCACUCUCUGUAGAUGUAUGUGCUGAAUUCAUGUAUCCGAACCUCUGCAGUGGUUAUAUCACGAAGCACUCUACACAAGUUUUUAUUAUUGGUGUUUUUGAAUUUGUCACUUUGUCUUGAUCCCAUAUUGAUUCUUGAAAUCAAUAACUCUGUGUUGAGACAUGUGCAUGAGCAUUAUUUUAAUUUGCUUUCUAGUAAUAAUUGUUACUCUUAUUUACAAGUCAUACGGUUUAAUAAUAUAUGCGUUAAUUUUUGUGGUAAAGGGUACGUAUGAAUCAAUUCAAAAUGUGGAAAUGUACAUAUUCGCAUUAUUGUAAUAUUUAAUGUAUUAAAUCUAGUAGAUUAAAACAAAGACUAAGGCAAUCUUAGAUUAUUUCAAGCUAUUAUUUGUGGCCAGGCAUGUCUUUGCUUUUGAUCUAUGAUUGAAAGUGAGGUUAUGUUGUCUCUGUCUCUGUUGGUUUGGUAUAUGAUUGCGCACAGUUCUGUCACGUCGGUUUGACACUACUUGUGUGAAGGAUGGAGGGGACUUUCAAUUUAGUCUAUGAGUUUGAAAAAGAAGUAUGUGGUGGUUAAUGGCAUCUGAAUAUAAUACUUGUUUCAACUUGCGUGUAAAGCUGAUUUUGUAAAAUUAAUACUUUGUGCAGUUCUUUUACUUGAAAUUAAGAUUGUUCUUUACCCUUUUUUUGGAAGAUAUGAAAAUUAUCUGGAUGAUUUAUAUGAAUAUCUAGUUCUUAGCAUUCCUUGUUUAUUGGUUUUAAGGUGUUUGAAUUUGUAUCAGUUCAAACGUUAAUAAUAAAAUGUAAAAUGCAUAUUUUAAACAAAUAUAUAGCUUACUUUUGAAAUAAAGGAACUCUGAGAUUUGUUUUAUUUUAAUGUUCAAAAUUAUUUUUGAUCAUUUUAAAAUGUGCAAUUAUGUCUGGUCCGAACUGUACAUCAGUAUUAAAAGAAUUUUACAGAAUAAACAUAAAAGUGGUUAAAUUAUUGCUUAAACUCUGAACUCUUAAUUUGAACUUAUAUAACCUUGAAUUUCUUUAUUAAACUUUAAAGUUUGAAAUGUAUUGUCUCAGAAUAUUACGUUUACAAUAGUAUAACGUUCUUGAUACUAUCAGGUUGAUAAAACAAAAAUCAAGAGAUUAAUAUAGAACAUGUAUUCAGAUGUUGUUUAGUCACCACUGUGUGGGAGAUACAUUGUCAUUUGGUUAAUUUUCCUCCUUUAGUGUAUUUAGUUAUUUAGUACUAUUAGUGUAAAAUGUGUUCUAAACAUGUUUUAGUUUCGUUUGGAUGUCUGAAGGGUGCAGACUUAUAUGGAAGCACAAUUGCUAAUUUUACUACUUGGUGCAGUAACAUCACAGUACAGCAGCUAUAGUUUCUGUUAGAUCAAAGCAACCAUUGAUAUAAGGGUUAUCAGCUAUUUAUUUAUUGGUUUAGAGGGCAUCAACAACUUUUAUCAUAAUUUUUCUUAUAACUCCGUAAUGUUCAACGAUAGUACAGUUAAGUCUUGAUUUUUCAGUUACAAUUUUUUCAUAUUACAAGUAUAGCUCUAGAACGAUACUUUAUUGUAAAGUUACAUAAUGUACAAACAUUGAAAGACAUAGUAGUGUUUUGUAAUCUUAGGGUACCAUUCUGAUCCCGAUGAAUGGGUCUUAGUCAGUAGUUUAAUUAAAGUAAUGAUAAUAAAUUAAUAGUUAUGUUAAUUGUUUACUUAAAGCUGUUGAACUGUUCAAUAAGGAAUAAUGCUGUAUUGAAGUUUAAAGUUGUAAUAUUAAAACUGCCUUAAUUUAUAAUUGAUAAGAUAAGAAAUAAAUAAAGUUUAAAAUGUAAUUUGUAGGAAAGAAGUAAGUGAAAUUUUACGAACACAACUGUUAAUUUAGUCAUUUCAUGUCCAGUUGUGGUUUCAUCAAGCUGCCCCCCCCCCCCUCGAGCCUCCUUCCGACUGUUUUGCCUUACGAAUGUAUAGUGUAGAAUAGCUUAGACAUAGUUUUAAGAUUGCCCCAAGCACAAAUAAUGUUUUCCUAACGUUUUUACACGAGAAACUGUGAUAUGAUUUCUAUUAUUAUAUAUUUUUAUGUGUUUUCCUAUUGAGAAAAAGUUACCACUAGGACCCGGUUUGGCCACGAACUCUGAGGCACCAUGUGACUUAUGUACUGUAGAAUCGCAAUUUAUCGAUAUCGCUGCAAUUUUUUAAAGUGAAAAUUGUUCUAUUUUUGUACUUUCUUACCAAAUAGAAAAUGUAUAAUUUAUAUGUUAAUAGAAAAUGUAAUUGUUUUAAUGUAAACUUUAAGACCGAGAGUGAUAAAAAUAAUUUAUUAGAUCUUAAUAUAUUAAAUUAUUACAAUAAAUGCUGAAUUAUCAAAGUAAAGUUGAUUGUUUAGUUUUCAGUUGUAACCCACAAAGAUUGUAUGUGGUCAGAUAGUUGUUGUAUUGGUCAGGUCUCAAUCAACACUUUAUGUAAUUGACUAACUAUUAUUAUAUUGGUGUAGUAGAUGAAUAAUAAUUAUUAGUUUUGCAUCAUA